AACACGAAUGACUUUCCUGAUUUACUUCCGGACAAGACGAAAACAUCAGAACUUUCAUUGUUUUCACUUAUAAACUUUUUUCCAUGAAUCCAGACGGAUAGUAGACCAUUUAUUCUUCAAAAUGAGUAAUCAAAGUGAGCUGACCAAACUAAGUGAUGAAAGUCUAGCCAAGCCACCUGAUGAAGUAUUUGAUAUUAUUUGUAAAAUAGGAAGAGGGUCCUAUGGCAGUGUAUAUAAAGCCCUCCAUAAAGAAUCAGGUCAGGUUCUGGCCAUCAAACAGGUACCAGUGGAUACUGAUCUACAGGAAAUCAUUAAAGAAAUAUCCAUCAUGCAACAGUGUGAUAGUCCAUACAUAGUUAAAUAUUAUGGAAGUUACUUCAAAAACACAGACUUAUGGAUCGUAAUGGAAUAUUGUGGAGCAGGAUCUGUAUCAGAUAUAAUGAGAUUACGCAAUAAAACUUUAACAGAAGAAGAGAUAGCUACGCUGAUGUUGGACACAUUACAUGGUUUAAACUAUCUGCAUUCCAGACGAAAAAUUCACCGAGAUAUAAAAGCGGGAAAUAUAUUGCUCAACACUGUGGGGCAUGCCAAGUUGGCAGACUUUGGUGUGGCAGGUCAAUUAACAGAUACAAUGGCCAAAAGAAAUACUGUGAUAGGGACUCCAUAUUGGAUGGCCCCAGAGGUUAUACAGGAGAUAGGAUAUGACUGUGUGGCAGAUAUAUGGAGUUUAGGUAUAACAGCAUUAGAAAUGGCAGAAGGGAAACCCCCAUAUGGAGAUAUACAUCCUAUGAGAGCUAUAUUUAUGAUACCCACCAAGCCACCACCGUCUUUCAGGAACCCAGACAAAUGGUCAACAGAAUUUAUAGAUUUUGUCUCUAAAUGCCUCGUAAAGAACCCAGAACUCAGAACAACAGCUGAGGAGCUCAUGGAGCAUGAGUUUGUAAAGGCAGCAAAUCCCAGAACAACAUUACAAAAGAUGAUACAAGAAGCUAGAGAAAUACUUGAAAUGCAGGCAGGCAUAACAACAAAUGGAGAUGAUUCGGAGGGAGAAGAUGAAUUAGAGGGUGGAGGUACAAUGGUCAGAGGUGACAAUGAUACAAUGAAGUCACAAGGUUCCAGUACUAAUGGCACAGUAGGGACCUUGGUCGAGUCAGAACUUGGUACCAUGGUGAUAAACGAAGACAGCGAAGACGACGGAACAAUGAAACGUCAUGGUACAGCCACUGCUGGAAAGGAUGAAUAUCGUCCAUCUUAUCUUGACCAUUUUGAGAAGAACGAUAAAGAAAAACAACCUGUAGCUAAACCAACACAACAACCUCAGCAAAUAGCGCCACCAUCAAUGUCGCCGAAAACAGCCACGCCCCCUCAUCACUUCCAACGGUCUUUCAUUGAUGGCGAUUUUGAAUUUUUAAGAAACUUGCAGUAUGAAGAAUUAGAGGCUAGGUUAGCUGACCUUGACCCUGAAAUGGAGAGAGAGAUAGAUGAACUCCGAGCCAGAUAUCAAGCCAAGCGACAGCCAAUUUUAGAGGCUAUAGAUGCUAAGAAAAAUAGACAAAAAUUCAUAUAAACUAAAUUUUGACAGUACGAUUCUGUAUAUAUUAUACAUGUGAUAAAAAAUGGAAGAGUAUUUGAUUUUGAAAUGUAGUAAAAAUCAGCACAGUGCAUUUUUUUAGAAAAAAUCUGUUUAUACCAAUAAGAUUUAUUACAUACAAUGCAUAUAGAUGUUCAAAUAAAGUCGAAUGAAAAGGCCAGAUUAAUAAAAAAAAAUAAUGCAAACCAAAUUAUUUUCGCGAAUGAUUUUUUUCACGACUUUUGCAAGCAGAGAUUGAGAGAAAUAAUGCGAUUAUGAAUCAUCACAAAUAUGUAAAAAAAUUUAUCUUUACUUAUUUAAUACAUCAAGCAAAUUUGAAAAUAGUGAAAUUAAAUAGCUGUAAAAGGGCUAGUAAGGAAUAAAAGCGAAAUAAAGUAUCUGCAAACAAUAAGUUGGUUUACAGUAUAUAUAGAUAUAUACUUUUUACUCAAGAGCAAUAACUCUUGCACUAGUGGAAGAUAAUUCGCAAUUACAUCAUUUUGAAAAACUUAUUUCUUAAAACUGUGUAUACUUAUAAAUGAAAAUACUAAAUAGCAUAUAUGCCUGGGACAAUCACAAAAGUUCAGAGGUUAUCUAUAAAUAUGCAAUCCAUCAGUCUUCCAUAUGAUUGAAUCUUUAAUAUGUAGAUCUCUUACAGUGAGAAAGAAUUGAUAUGAAACAUGUGGUUUCCCUGCAUUUUUAUUUUGUUAAAUUGUGAUUGCUUCUUCUAUAGAUAUAACAAGAUACCUUAAGUAUCUAACCUUUUUUUCUGAAUUUUAUGUUUUGAGUUCUGAAAGUUUUAUGACUGAUAGGCUGCCUGUACGGCUGAGUUCAUUUGUAAAUUUUGUGGUAAGUGUGUUUAGUCAGCACUUGAUUGUACAGCCUAGCAUUGACCUGGGGAAUUUAAGACCUAAUCCAAUUAUUUGGCAAUUUAGCUAGGAAAUGAACCAUUCAAAUUAUAAGGCUUACAGUCUGCACUGUUAGCCACUAGUCCGAUGCCCCAGACUAGUAAAAUUUCUUUUGGAGUAGUGAGUUUUUUGCAAAACAAUGUUUGGACAAAUAAGAAAAAUGUCUUAAUAUUGGUCUUCAGACUAGUAGUUGAAAGAGUUUUUGGUGCAGACUGGUGUAUGUCAGUUACUCACCAGAAUAGGCUUACCCUUGGUCUAAUGCCUUGUACCAAUAUAAAAAUGACUGCCAUAAGAAUUACUUUAUAACUGACCGUGCAAGGGCUAUAUAGCCAUUCAAUGUCGUUAACAACUCCAAUCAUCAUAAAUUAUAAGUUUUUAACCCCAUAAUAAAUGAACAAUGUGAAGUAUGUCUCUUUUAUCAACAAUAAUUGAAGAAAAUGAAGGGAAUAAAUCAUUCAUGUGAUAUUGUCCAGGUAAGGUUAAGAAACUUUCAUGGUGUGUAAAAGAUAUUGCUGCUGUCUUUAAUAAAAAUUUACCAAGCAAAAGGCAAUAAUCUGAUAUAUUUUGCAAAUAAGUGUUUUGAAUUAGCAAUACAUUGUUAAAUUAUUUAACUACUAUUCAAAUCUUUUGUAUUUAAGAUUUUUUUUCUAUGUACUUCCAUUUCAACCAUUAUUUUUCUUUUCUAAAAUCUGUGUUUUCUCUUGCUAUUUUGCAGGGACAUUUUGAUUUUGAAAAAUAGGUGUUUAAAAGUUUGUCUAGUCAAAUUAUUGUCAUGGCAACAUAAUUUGUUGUUAAGAUAUCAUGUUUUAAAGCUGUCAUUUGAAAAAUUUGCAUUUAUUGUAUAAUAAAAUGCUGAGCAUUUAAAGAUUUAUAAUUGUGGAUUUAAAUAAAUAUAUGUUCUGUUAUGUGUUUUUCUAUGUAAACAGGAUGUUAGUUGUGUGGUUUUCAGACAUUUGUAGUUUAAUUAGAAAAUAUAUGUCUUGUGUCUAGUCAAAGCAUAAUAC